CCUGCUUCUCUGUCCUAAUCUCACCUGAAUGCUUCUCUUGGCAUUUUGGCGUUGAGGCAAGCCCCAGGUGAGGGGAAGGAUGAUGAUGCGGAGCUGACUUCUCAGCAAGUGCCGGGCUGCCUUAGGUCCUCGGAGCCAGCAGCCUGCCAGGGCCCACAGCUGCCCGUGCCAGGGCGGGACACCUGUCCGUCCUCACACACUGAUUGGUUCCUCCGGCCAGUGGUCUCGCUGGCGGACACCCCAGGAAGCUGUUCUCUGUGUUUGUUUGUUUUGUUUUGUUUUUGUUUUUUUCCUCUCUAAAUUCCUAUUACAGCAGGUUUUCUUCUCACUUGCUCUUUUUCUUUACGAUAAAAAUAAAAUGUGCUGGGGAAAGAAACCAGGCAUCCUUAUAAAUUUCUCUCCUGGGGCCCCCUCUCCCUUCAGUUCGGCCUGUCCCUUCAAGGAAACAAAUGGGCGGACGCCCGACUCUGAAUCUCUGGGGCUUCAGCGAGGUGCCCCCAGGGUGUCAGGUUUGGCAGGACAGAGCCAGUUUCUGAGGAAGGAGCCUGCAGGCUGCCCAUCUAAUCUCUGUGGGAGCGGCUUAGGGGAUUGUCUUUUUCUGGCACUGGCUUGCCGGCCCGCCCCAAGUCCUCCGUAACCCUGGGCCGGGAUUUAGCCUGAUCUGUGUCAGCUGGGCUCCCCGGGGGCUCCUGGUGUGGCCCACAGUCAUCCUUGUACCAGCCAGGACGCCUCCCGUGCCCAGAGCUGGGAGCGGGCACAGGCCAAGGGCGGCGGGUCAGGCCCGCGCUGGCCAUCGGCGCCGAGGGCUGGCUCAUGGCUCUUGGGGCCUGAGUGGCAGAAAGCGGGCGCCGGGAUGGAUUUCGGGUCCCUGGAGACGGUGGUGGCCAACUCUGCCUUCAUCGCCGCCAGGGGCAGCUUCGAUGGGAGCAGCGCUCCGUCCUCGCGGGACAAGAAGUACCGGGCCAAGCUCAAGCUGCCGCCGCUGUCCCAGUGCGAGGCCCUGCGGGACAGCCUGGACCUGGAGUUCCGGAGCAUGUGCUCGGAGCAGCCCAUCGGCAAGCGGCUCUUCCAGCAGUUCCUGAAGGCCGACGGGAGGCACGUGCCGGCCCUGGAGCUCUGGAAGGACAUUGAGGAUUACGACACGACCGACGAUGACCUGAGGCCGCAGAAGGCCCGGGCCAUCCUGGCUGAGUACCUGGACCCCCAGGCCAAGCUCUUCUGCAGCUUCCUGGACGAAGGGACAGCGGCGAAGGUCCGAGAGGGACCCGUGGCGAGCGGGGACGGGCUCUUCCAGCCCGUCCUGCAGGCCACCCUGGCCCACCUGAGCCAGGCCCCGUUCCAAGAGUUCCUGGGCAGCCUGCACUUCCAGAGGUUCUUGCAGUGGAAGUGGCUGGAGGCCCAGCCCACCGGGGAGGACUGGUUCCUGGACUUCCGGGUGCUGGGGAAAGGAGGCUUCGGGGAGGUGUCGGCCUGCCAGAUGAAGGCGACGGGCAGGAUGUACGCGUGUAAAAAGCUGAACAAGAAGAGGCUGAAGAAAAGGAAGGGGUACCAGGGUGCUAUGGUAGAGAAGAAGAUUCUAGCGAAAGUACACAGCAGGUUCAUAGUCUCUCUGGCUUAUGCAUUUGAAACCAAAACUGACCUCUGUCUGGUGAUGACCAUCAUGAAUGGAGGUGACUUAAGGUACCACAUCUACAAUGUGGACGAGGAGAACCCUGGCUUCCAGCAGCCGCGUGCCAUCUUCUACACGGCGCAGAUCAUCAGCGGCCUGGAGCACCUGCACCAGAGGGCCAUUGUCUACCGCGACCUCAAGCCUGAGAACGUGCUGCUGGACGACGAAGGCAAUGUCCGAAUUUCUGACCUUGGGCUGGCCGUGGAGCUGAAGGAAGGGCAAACCAAGACCAAGGGCUAUGCAGGGACCCCAGGUUUCAUGGCCCCCGAGCUCCUGCGAGGCGAGGAGUAUGGCUUUUCUGUGGACUACUUCGCCCUGGGGGUCACGCUCUAUGAGAUGAUCGCAGCCAGAGGACCCUUCCGAGCCCGAGGAGAGAAGGUGGAGAACAAGGAGCUCAAGCAGAGGAUCCUGUCGGAGGCGGUCAAGUACACAGACAAGUUUAGCCAGGCCAGCAAGGACUUCUGUGAGGCGCUGCUGGAGAAGGACCCUGAGAAGCGCCUGGGGUUUAGAGAUGGGACUUGCGAGGGGCUCCGCAUCAACCCUCUCUUUAAGGACAUUAAUUGGAGACAGCUCGAGGCUGGGAUGCUGAUACCGCCCUUCAUCCCAGACUCCAGAACUGUCUAUGCAAAGAACAUCCAGGACGUGGGGGCCUUUUCCACGGUCAAAGGGGUGAUCUUUGAAGAAGCAGAUAAGGAGUUCUUCCGGGAAUUCGCCACCGGCAACUGCUCCAUCCCCUGGCAGGAGGAGAUGAUUGAGACAGGCGUCUUUGGGGAACUGAACGUGUGGCGUGCAGAUGGGCAGAUGCCCGAUGACAUGAAGGGGAUCGCCGUGGAGGAGGCCGCUCCCUCCUCCAAGUCGGGAAUGUGUCUGGUUUCCUAGAUGGGGAAGAAAAGGGGCCUCCCUCUGCAGCUGGCAGGGAUGAGCAGGCCUGGGUGAGUCAGUGGAGCCCACCCGCGGUGACAGGCAGCCCCCCACCAGGCCGCCUGUGUGGCCGGGCUGCUCACAGCAGCAGCAGGAGAAAGGAGGCAAAGAGCCCCUCAACUUCCCAGCCCCGGGGUCGGGAGCUUCAGCUUGUAAAUGGUCCACUUCUUUUGCCCUAUUUCAAUCAAAACGACACAAUGGUGGUUGCUGGACAGAGUCCACCAGCAAUGCCUGGCUGUCCAGGCUCUUGUGUGGACACACAACUGGCAGUAGUGUUGAGCAUGUGGGCAGAUGGCUGCCCCGAUGAGAGGAUGCUCAGUUUCAGCUCCCUGCACCUUAACUGCAGACCGUGAGAGAGGCCUGGACUGUGGGCCUCGGCUUGGUCUCUCUUCACACCCAGCUCCUGUUCCUCCUGCCACCGGGCCGCUGCCCGGGCCCUGGGGACAUGGAUCGGCUCUCCCUGCACCCUCCGGAGAAGAGUGGGCCUUGACAGUCAAUGGCUUUGGAGGGUUGCUGGCCAAAACUGGAACACCAACUACCUCCGAUAUGCUCCAGAGCGCGGUGGGAAAGAUGACCUGUCUCGAAGCCGUUGUGUGUGCUUCAGACGACUGUCAGGUGUAGACUCUAGUGUUGUGGAGACAUUCCAAGUGUGUUCUUUAGAGUUACCUUAUGCAGAUGAAGACUUUCAAACCCCCUAGGACUGGUGAAAUAAACCCUAGAAGAAAGAUCCUUCUCUCCUGGGGUGUGGUAUUGUAGAGUCAAGGAUGCCCCGGAAGGGCCUCGGACAGGCACCCACGGCCAUGCGGCACAUCUUCCUGGGCAGGCCCAAGACGAGAGCUCCGGGGGCUGGGGACACUGCGCUGUUGUAGGGCACAUUGCUGUGUGCUUCCCUAAGGCUGGUCUUUGUGUUCUAGAAUGGUACACAUGGGUUAGGCAAUGGCUAUGCAUUCCACUUCUCUACACUCCGGUGCAAGAAGGACCCGUUUCUGAUUUUUCUAAAGCCAUUUAUUCCUUACUAGGUCCCCAUGGCCCUGAAGGGUGUUCGAAGCAGCCUCAGCUGUGUGGGUGGAGGCCUGACCCUCGCCCCCUCUGGCCACUGUCACCAUGUGCCUGGCCGGGGCUCACCAUGCCUGAUAGUGGAGGCCACACUUUCAGGUUCCAGUGAGGACCUUUCUGCCUUUAUCUUACGGUUAGAUGACCACCUAAAAGACAGGACAGCCAGUGACAUUUGAACUUCAGAUAAACAACAACUAAUUGUUUUACUGUAUGUCUUUAAUUAUUGCCUAGGAACACACUAAAACAUUGUUCAUUGUUUUUUGACUAAAUCGGGCAUGCUGUGACUCCCCUAUGAACAGGUGUCCCACUGAACUCGCGGGUCUGCUGGAACA